AUGGCACUCAGAAACCAUUCAGCAGUGACUGUUGACUCUACAGACUCUGACCAAGAUCCUCUAUUGUUAGAACACAGUCCUGCUUCCCACUCACCUACCAACACACAGUCAUCUUUAAGGAGAGUCAUUUUGGUUCGUGGUGUGCCUCAGCGAAUCCUCUUGUCCCUGGUGCCACCACUAGUUUAUCCAGAGUACCAGCAAGUGUACUCUGACCUCAGAGGACCUUUGCUUGUGGUAACCACUCUUGCCACCAUUAUUCUGUUUGGCCUACAUAAUCCAGGACAGGCACUGGCAUGGGAGCUGCUAACCACAACAAAGCUAAGUCUGGGUUACUGGCUGGGAUUUUCCUUGCUGGCAUUCUUGUUGGGCCACUGUUUUGGGACCACCUUGAGUCUGCCCCAGCUUGCCUCAUUGGCUGGAUACAGCUUGACAGGCCAUUGCCUGGUGCUCCUUGGAGCUGAGUUGCUGCACCAGGAGGAGAGCCACACAGUGUUCUUCCUGCUGACCACUCUGUUUGGAGGCCUUGCCACUGGCCGCCUGGUAUUAUUGGUGCUGGCCCGCACACCUCAGCCCCCACACAGGUUGCUGAUGGGCUCCUCUCUUGCAUCCAUACACCUCAUGCACCUCAUAUACAUCCAUUUUGCUUGCAUGAGGAGGAAGUUUGAAUUGUGAAAAGUGAAGAUAUUACAGAAAGACUAGACUUUGUAGUAUGGAAUGGUGCAGGAUAAUAUCCUUUGCUGCCCAACUCAUUCAUUGUUACUACAACUCCAAAGUUCAAAAUGAUAUCUUUGUAUUUUAAACAUAUCAUCUUUUAUCCCAUCUGUUGUUUUACUGUAAAAUUUUUAACAUAACUCAAUUUGUUACUGUAUUUCAUCACAAUUGCAAUGCUGCUGAUCAAAGCCUGUUGUAAAUAUGUAACUGAUCAUCAUUAAAAAGGAAAACUAUAUAUAUUAUGUUCUUUACCAGUAUUAGUUAUAUUAUGCCUUUAUUCAUUCCAAGUCAUACACACAAAUUGCAUUUUUCAUCAUAAGAUUUCCAAUGUUCAUUGUGCCAUGCCAAAAGAUCAAACUAGUUUUGGUAGUAAUAGAUAUCAUGUACACAUAGAUAAAUUGCAUACAAAAUUGUUAUAAACCAGUCAGAUUGACCUGAUCUGGUAUGAAUUUGUAUUGGCAAGCUUAGGCAAAAAGAAAUAAUGUAAUAAGAAAGGUUGAAUAGGAGUAAAAAUAGACUUGCCAUGCUAAGGUCUUUAUGGUGUUGCAAGGAUCAGGUAUUGAACUAAGAGUGAGAAGGAAAGUUUGUAGAUAUCCUCUGUAUGAAAGAUGUAGAAAUAUGGAAUACCUUGUUUUGUAGUGUACAAAUUGUAAAGUUCAUAUUUUAUCAUUCUACUGACCAUCCCAUAGCUGUGCAAGGGUCAGUUGUGCAUUGUUAUCUUGAUGCGAAGAUACCCAGUUAAGCUGCAAAAAUUACCCUUACUCUGUGUGAUCAGAGUGGAUCAAUCCCAUUUCCCUGAGAUGCCCUAAGGCUAAGAUGUGAGGAAAUGCUUGUGUAUGUGAUUAUGAAUGUGAAUGUGGAUAUGUGGACAUACAUAUGCACGUAAACACCUGGUCUUGACUACCCUUUGUAAGGGAUGUCAACCUGAUAUUUAGAUAGACUAUCGUAUUGAAUUACACAAUGAUGUGCAAACAAAUAAAACUUGGGUUGUUUUAUGUUCAUAGUGGAAUAGAAUUUUAACCAAGAGAACAGCACAGUAGUAUGUAUCUUACACUCCUUUAAGUUAUGGGACAAAUUUAGGGAAAAUAUGAAUUGACGCUCUAUUAUGAAAAAUCCAAGUAGAAACCUCAUUUGUUUUAAGAAAUAUCAUGUUGGCAUAUUAUUUUACAUUUCAAUUAAGGAUUGCAACUUUGCAAUGACAUUACUGUUAAAUGUAAAUGUAUCUUGAGUGGAAUACAUUGGCAUUAGAUAUAUCUUGACUGCUUAUUUGUGACUGACAAAGAUUUUAGAAAUGAUAAAACCAUCAUAGACAGGAUGGAUUUAGUACAUUAGCUGUGAAGCUUUAAACACAAGAUUCCCAUGCCUCAGUUCUUGGUAGGUGUAAACAGUAAGCAUGCCCUGUAUGGUAAUCUCAUUUCAUGUAUUGUGUGAUCUUUGGGAAAAUAUAAGUUUGACUUCAA